CCCCCCUGGCCCUUGCAGCUCCUCGGAAGCGCCGCUCUCUCGCUCUGUGUGAGAUGAUCAUCUAACGCAAAAAAUGGCCGAAGACUAUCCACCCACUACGGCUUCACCAAACCGAACGACCCGCGCGCCCUGCACGCCAUGAACGCCGCGGCGACGCACGUCGUCGCGUCGAUCCCGGAGAUCGCGCUCGCGUACGGCGUGUCCGACGAGUUCAGCUUCGUGUUCGACCGGGCCGCGACGCUGUUUGAGCGCCGCCGGGACAAGCUCGUCUCCACGGUCGUCAGCACCUUCACGGCCGCGUACGUGCUCGGGUGGGAGCGGUUCUUUGGGCGUGACGAUGGUGAUGGUGGUGAUGCGCUCGAGGGGCCCCGCCAGGGAGGGGAGAAGGGUCGGGAGGUCAGGGGGUUGAGUAUGCACAUGCUGCCCACCUUUGACGGCCGGGCGGUGUGUUAUCCCUCCUGGGCCAAUUUGCGAGACUACCUGAGCUGGAGGCAGGUUGAUUGUCACAUCAACAACCUCUACAACACGACCUUCUGGGCGCUGGUCCAGCAGGGCGGGAUGACGCACGCCGCCGCGGAAGAGCUCCUCAAGGGCACCGUGUCCGGCGACAAGAACGAGAUCCUGUGGUCGCGGUUCGGCAUCAACUACAACAACGAGCCAGAGAUGUACCGCAAGGGCAGCGUCGUGUUUCGGGAGUACAUGCUGGAAGACGCCAAAGGGCGAGGCAGCGAGGUGGCGGGGAAGCUAAGCACCGAGCACGAGCAGGGGCAGGGGCAGGACGACGACGACGAAGAAUCUGCAGUCCCGGAGCCCGUCAUGUCCAAGACCCAGGCAGAGAAAAUGCGCAAGGCAAGGAAGAAGGCCAAGGUCGUCACGAGACACGUCGAUAUCAUCCGCGACGAGUUCUGGCGUCAGAGGCCCUGGAUUCGCAGUGGCAAGCCCGGAAGAGCGGUGAACGAAGAGCACACGGGCCCUUGAGAUAAGAGGAAGGGUUGUCUGGGUUGGUUGUCAAAUCUCGAGUCUGUCCUGUCUGGCGUCAGGAAGACGGUACUCUUAGGUUCAAAGCAUCCACCCUUGUCGCAGAUAAGACCAUUUCAGUACAGCUCCAUCUCUUUGCGCAGAGUUUUCCCUCCCUCUUCCCUCUGCACAUCGACCUCUCCAUCCUAGCCAUUUCCUCCUAGGAUCACAUCAAGGUCGACUCGCGGGACCCGGGCCAAUCAAUACGAACUCCUGCGGCCAUAGAACGACCCUGCGAUUGCCCUCAGACGGGGCCAAAACG